UACACCUCUGAAUGUUUUAACUCUCCAUCGUACAUUUACCAAUCGUUCCAUUUUCAACACUUGAUAGAAAUCAUUAGCUAAUAAUUUCCGCCUUUAUUAUACAAGUGACAAAGGAAAAACUUGGAUCGAUCUUGCGUCACAUUCAACAGUUGAACGAUUACUGUUUUUCGUCCAGAACAGUUCGUUACAAGCUCAAGAAAGUGUGAAAGCUGGAGCAGCGUCGACGAAGGUUUGCGGUCGAACGAAUGAAAGUGAAACCGGCAGGAAGAAUCGGAUGCCCCUUGAUAGAGUAACCGAACCGUGGAUAUUUAAGUGUCAAUUCUUGACGACGUGGUCGUCAGUCGCAUGAUCGUGUCGAAGCCGACUCGAGAUGCUGCGCGCCGUUUUACCUAUCGUUCUCCUCGCAUUUCUACUUCAAACAUACCAAGCUCGAGAAUUAAACGUACCUCGCGUUCGUCGAGACGUUCGAAUAGAAGAUAACGAUGCUUCUCAAACGGUAUUGUCCGAAAUUUCGAGUGCAAGCACGAAGGUCGGCGAUUCGAAGGACGAUCUCGUGACCGCUGCGUCGGGGCAUCAGGGCCAUCGACACGAGUCCGGCGGCGGUCAGAGUCAUCACUCGGAUCAUCACGAGGAGCACGGCGAAGAGGAUGAGAAAGGCUACAAGAGUCAUCAUCAUCACGAUAAGAACGACAAGGGUGAGCACGACAAGCAGCAUCGCGCUGGCCAUCACGAGGAACACGGUGGCCAUAAAAAGGCACACCACGACGAGCACGAAAAGUAUGGCGAGCACCACGAGGGUGAGAAAGGUCAUAAGGGUGGCAAGUUCGGGGAGAAGAAGGGUCAUAAGAAAGGUCACAAGACCAAGGGCUAUCAUAAUAAAUUCCAUAAAGAUGAGUAUCACAAGGAACACAAGUUCUACGAUGAUUACCACAAAGGGGGACACCACAAGAAACACGGCGACUUCCAUGGUCACCAUGAGAAGAAGGAGGGACAACACAAGAAGGGUGGUCAUCAUCAUUCCGGUUACCACGAGGACCAUCAUGGGAAAAAAGGACACCACGACAAGGGUCAUGUCGACGAAGAACACAAAGGUCAUCAUGGGAAGCAUGGACACGAUGAACAUUACAGUCAUCACGAUUCUUAUGGGAAAAAGGGUGACCAACAUGCUGGCAAGAAAUUUGGAUACAGUAAAGGUCACAAGGGUUGAAGAGUGGAUUUC